CGGAGAUUUAGCAAACACAUCGGAGAAGACGAAUGUGAUUUUCUCUUUCACUUAAAUAAAUGAUGAUCGGAGAAACUCAUCGUGCUUAUCCAACGGUUCAUAUUCCUCCAUGGCCAUUUUUCGACGAUCUAACGGCGGCAGAUUUUAAUGGAAGUCCUGACGGCGGAAAUAGCAUGAUCGAGGCUUUGGCUGCGUUGCAGCAUUAUCUUCCGUCGAACGAGCCGGAUCCGGAUUCGGAUCCUGAUUUAUCGGGUCCGGAUUCACCAAUCGAUGCUUACUCCUGCGAUCAUUUCCGGAUGUUCGAGUUUAAAGUCCGGCGAUGUGCCCGUGGCCGGAGCCAUGACUGGACGGAGUGUCCGUACGCUCAUCCCGGAGAAAAAGCUCGCCGUCGAGAUCCGAGGAAGUAUCAUUACUCAGGUACGGCGUGUCCUGAUUUUCGAAAAGGCAAUUGCCCAAAAGGCGACACGUGUGAGUUUUCUCAUGGAGUCUUCGAGUGUUGGCUUCAUCCGGCGCGUUACCGGACUCAGCCGUGUAAAGACGGUGGUCACUGUCGCCGUCGUGUUUGUUUCUUCGCUCAUUCGCCGGAUCAGCUUAGGGUUUUGCCGAAUCAAAGCCCCGAUCGAGUCGAUUCGUUCGACGGUGUGUCUCCGAUACGUAGGGCGUUUCAGUUUUCAAUUUCUCCGGCGUCUGGUUCGCCGCCGGUGAGUCCACGAGCUGACUCGGAGUCUUCUGCUUUACUGAGUCGUUCACUCGGGUCUGGUUCUGUGAACGACGUCGUUGCGUCUCUGAGGAACUUGCAGCUUAAUAAAGUGAAAUCUCUUCCUUCGUCUUGCAACAAUCAUCAAAUCGGAUGCUACGGAUCCGGGUUCGGGUCUCCUCGUGGAUCAGUCUUGGGUCCCGGGUUUCGGAGUUUACCAAAUACCCCGACCCGACUCGACACUGGGUAUACGGACAUUUGGGAUAAUGGUUUGGAGGAAGAACCGGCGAUGGAACGGGUUGAGUCGGGUCGUGAACUGCGAGCGAAGAUGUUCGAGAAGCUGAGCAAGGAAAAUUGUAUGGAUCGGGUUGACCCGGAUCCAUAUCAGGGAUCGGGUGAAGCUCCUGAUGUCGGGUGGGUCUCUGAGCUCGUGAUGUUAUAGAACCCGAUCCGUACCCGGAUAUUUGAAUUUGGUUGAUAAAUUAAGGAGCUAAAGGAUUAUAAUCGUCAUGGAUUUUCUUAGAAAAAUUAUGUGUAAAUAUUUUCUACUAAUUUCGCCUAUAUAUAUUAUUGAUUAUCGGGGGAGAUGUCUCAAUGUAAUAUACAAUGCUUAGGAUCUUUUUCUUAUGAUUAAAUCUGUAAGAAUAUUAUAUUGUUUUGUUUUUUUUUCAUGUAGUUUAUUAAUUAUAUGAAUGUAACGCCAACGCAAAUUAUUAA